UUUCCAUUUUUUUCAUUUUGUCAGGGCGAAUCAGCACGCUUCCUUUGAAAGAAAGUGCAAAGUGCACAAGACUUCGCCGCACCACUCUCUCACACACACACAUACACACAUACACCCCGACUUCUCUCCUUUCUUCCCUCUUUCUUUUUUUUUGUCCUCUCUUUCCCUCCCCCCUCAUCACCUUUCUUCUCUCUCUCGACUCGAUUGACCCAUCUCAUUUUGACCAAGCAGGAUGCCGACUCAUUCAUUCCCUGUCCUGAACCAGCAGUUCAUCGUCAACACAAAGUACCAGUUCAUCCGCGAGAUCGGUCAGGGUGCCUAUGGUGUUGUCUGCGCAGCAAAGAAUACGCAGACGGGUGAGGAUGUGGCCAUCAAGAAGGUGACCAAGGUCUUUGACAAGACCAUCCUCGCCAAGCGUGCCCUCCGUGAAGUCAAGCUCCUGCGACACUUUUCCGGACAUGAGAAUAUCACGUCGAUUCUUGACAUGGAUAUCACCAACAUCAUGGACUUUAAUGAAAUUUACUUGGUCCAGGAGCUGAUGGAGGCAGACCUUCACCAGAUCAUCCGAUCGGAACAGCCCUUGACGGAUGCACAUUUCCAGUACUUUAUCUAUCAGAUUUGCCGCGGACUCAAAUACAUCCACUCCGCCAAUGUGCUCCAUCGCGACCUGAAGCCCGGAAACCUGUUGGUGAACGCAGAUUGCGAACUCAAGAUCUGUGACUUUGGACUGGCCCGUGGAUUCAGUGAGGAUGCGGAGGGGUUCAUGACUGAGUAUGUCGCUACACGUUGGUACCGUGCUCCCGAGAUCAUGCUCAGCUUCCAAAGCUAUACCAAAGCCAUCGACAUGUGGUCUGUGGGUUGUAUUUUUGCAGAGAUGUUGGGCGGGAAGCCACUGUUCAAAGGCCGCGACUAUGUGGAUCAACUGAACCAGAUUCUCCAGAUCCUGGGUACGCCCGAUGAGGCGACGCUGCGGCGGGUCGGGAGCGAGCGAGCGCAGGCCUACAUCCGUAGUCUGCCACGGAUGCCGAAAAUUCAUUUCCAACAGCUGUACCCGCGUGCGAGUCCGAUGGCGAUCGAUCUGUUGGAGAAACUCUUGGAUUUCGACCCGGCGGCGAGGAUCACGGUCGAACAGGCAUUGAGGCAUCCUUACCUGGCGGCGUAUCAUGAGGAGGAUGAUGAGCCGGUCCAUGAACAGAUGUUUGACUUUGGGUUCGAGACGACCGAUCGGAUCGAUGAAAUGAAGCGAAUGAUUGCGCAGGAGGUAAUGGCGUACAAGGCGAGCAAGGAACAGGCGAUGUUGGGCGCACAACAGGGAGGACUGCGUCGUGCGUCGAGUCUAUCGGCCGCUGACAGGAACGCGACGACGACUGCGGCCAAGAACACACCUCAGGAGCAGAUUCGGGAGGAAGAAGAGCCGAUGAGUGGAGCAACGGCAACAGUAGCAGCAGCGGGCGCCAUGGAUGUGGAUGAGGAUCUGGAGCGUGAGCUGAGUGGCCAGACUGUGCCGGCCAUGCAGGCAUAAGGGUCGUUCUCCCCCAUUUUUUUUUUGGUGGCGGUGGUGGUAGUGGGGGUCACGAGUUGCUAUUGGGGAACUCUUUCCUCUUGCCCUUUCUGUUUAGAUUCGAUGGUUCCUUUCAUUUUUUUUUUCAGUGCUCGUUAAUAAUAACUAAUGGUUCUCUUACUGAUGCUGCCGAGAAAAGAAUCUUUGAUGAGAAGAAUCACGAGUGGGUCACUACUGCUG